GGUUGAGAAACACUGGUCAAGACAACCUGGGAGGUGACCUGGAUAGGUCUUAGUGAAGGUUAAUUCAUCUUUGAGAUGGAAUAUUUCCAGCAUCAUUUAAAGAAGUCCCGGUGCACCCUCCUCUCAAGCCAUUGCUAGACCUUUCCAUUCAGUCUCCUACCUCCCCAUUUCAACCACCAAGAUGUUUGGAAAGGUGCUUGCGCUGCAGCUUCAUAAGAUCCUUGGUAAAGUGGUUUAUCUGGACCCUUUUUGUCAGGUUCAAGGCCCAAUAAGGGACAGAAAGAGCAUCAGUCAUGCUUUUGGAUAUUAAGCCUGGUGGCCCCUGUCAAUUGGGAAACAGAAUACAGAACAAAUAUAAAUAUCUCAGCACAUUUUAUUUAUUGUUGGGAAGGAGAUUCCAACCAUGUUGCCUCCUCAUUUUGUAGCCAUGCUCAGCCACAGAGCAAAUUACACUAGAAAUGUGAUUUUUACAACUACUUUUCUGUGAUAUAAAAUUGACUGCUCACAAGAACUGUACUUAACCACAAACUGUUUUUGUCUGUCCAGACUGAAACAGGUAUUACUAAUAUUUUGUUAGUCACUUACCUGUCAGAUUUAGUUAAUCACUCCACAAAUCCAGGCAGCACGACAAGCGUUAAUUUAGACAUAGGAGCAAAGGAAUAGAAGUAAAUUAUUAUCCUGUUUGUCUAGACAGGAGUGUGCAAUUUCCUUCAAUUUGAGGGACACACCAGGUUUUGCAUGGCCUGGCAAGGGCUACAUUCUAAGUGACUCUGGAAGGAAUGGAAGAGGGGGGAAAAACUGGUACUUUACACAUCUUUAAAGGCUGAAGGCAACAUGUUUGCUUCUUAUCCACCACCGCCCAAACUCACUAAAUACAAUAAUAUACUGUAGCCAAAAAUCUCUGGUUUCCCACAAUGUGAGGGUUUUUAGGAAUAGCAAGAGUGGUUGGUGAGCUGCAUAGACCACAACCAAUCCCAUUUUUUUCCAUUCCAGGCUUGGGAUCAUUCUUCAUUAGACACAAAUUCUCAGCAGUGGCAAAAAUAAAGGAAUUACUGGCCUCAAUUGGGGUAGUUCAGGUGACUACCUAUAAUAGCUACCAAUUUCUUUGCCCAAAAACCAAUUCAACGUUUACUUUUUUAGAAACAAAAGUUCUUCAGUUAGGUUAUGUCCCAUUAGGAUAUACUGGCAGUGUUUGCCAUACUUAAAUGUAGUAACUUUUAAGACGUGAUUCAAACAAUUCACUAAGCUAUUAUGAAAAGAUUUGGGGAUUAUGGUUAGAGGUCAUUUUUGGCAGUUUCAAAUGUAGAAAAAAUACCUGAUAAAAUAUUGGGGGGAAAAUAAACUGUUCUGAGAUUUCAACAUAUUUCUUAUUACUCUAAUUGUUUUCAUAUAUUGUGGUGAGUCAAAAUGUCUUUACUGGCUUUUAUUUAACGUAUGAACCCAACCAAAUGCAAUUUCAAUAAAAACAUGAUUUAAGCAAGUCAUUGCUUACAAUCAGGAAAUGUAGACUAAGAGUUUUAAAAUAUUAGGUUGGGCAGACAUACCCGCACGGAAAUGUCUGUCUCAAACCCAAACAGACGGCUAGAAUAUUUUUAGUAAGUAUAAGGAGUCCAUACAGUAACAGUUCUAUUAUUUCUUUUCCAGGAUAAUGGUGACUAAGUUGGGUGGGAGAUGAGUGGGAAGUGGUUUCACUGACUCAGCAAACAACUGCUUUAAUGAAAUCAGCUGCUUGUGACAAGUAUCAAAAGAUAAGUAACGUUGGGAAAAUAAUGUUGGAAAGAAAACCCGGCAAGAAAAAACAAUAUAGUAAACUUUUCUGGGAGAGGUGAAGAAAACUAAUCUGUCAGUACUUAAAAACUUUUCAAAUCUAGUAGGGUGCUGAACAAAUUGUACAAAUAAGCAGCUGCUUGACAAAGAACUACAGUAGUUUAAACUGAAAGUAAAUUCCCCAAAACACAGCCUUCUCACAAAGUCUGAUGCAGAUUUAAACAGGUGCAAGACCAUCACAACACUAUUGGCCAGAGACUUUUCUUUGGGGCUUAAUGGAAACAAAUAAAAGGAAACAUCUUAUGGAACUUUCCUUUUAUGUAUGAUAAUAGAAGUGAAACUUUUAUAUGCACAAAGGCUGAAGGAUCUACAAAUUACCUACAAUGGAAGAAUGGAUAAUGAAGUUGAUGGAAUUGGCGUAGAUGGUGAAAUUGACAGUUUUAAUAAGGACAAGACCUUGAAUAAUUUUGUUUCUUCUGGGAAACCAUUUUUGGAUUUGAUUUAGGAGUAUAUGAGACUAUAGAAAUAAUAUAGACAAAUAUUAACCUUAGGAUAAGAGUCAGAUGUAUUUUUAUUCAUAUCUACCUAAGGAAGUCAAGAGUCAUUUUCCUUUUUUCUUUUUGCAUCUCUAUUUUCUUUUUUUCUUUCAGAAACAUUUUCUUUCUUGUCAGUUUAUAUUUUAACCUUUUGUUUUUGAAGAUCAAAAAAGUUUAAAAGAUCACUGUGGCACAGCUCUCAACUCACGUUUAUUCAAGUUUAUAAAUAUUUUAUUUUUUUCAUUCUGUUGCAAGCAAUGUAAUUCCUCCUUUUCUAGAUUUACUGUCACCUGGGACUUUUCCUGAAGCUAUUGAACAUGCUACAGUGUGCAAACAUAUAACCUGAUUUCCUUAAAUAAAAGGACUCCUAGUAUUUAAUGCUUCAGAGAUUGCCUAGCACUGAAUCUGCUGCAAAGAUGACAGCAUUUGCUUUUUACUCAAAUUCCUAAUAUCACCACAAGAGUUGCAAAACUUUUUUUCAACUGCCAUCGCUCUGCACAGGAAAACCUACUCUUAAUUUUAGGAUUUUCUAAAUACAUAACAUUUUCUUAUACAUAUUAACACAAGCAAUAUACAUAGACAUCUCAUUUAAAAGUCUAGGUAUUUAGUCUCCUUCUUCCUCCUAUUUUCAACACAAUAAUCCUGUGGGAUGAAUUGGGCUGAGAAAAAGUGACUCGCCCAAGGUCAUUCAGCUGGCUUUCAUGCCAGGCAUAGGGCUACCUAGCCAUUGUUAGUACAUACCUAGCAAAGGAAGCCUACCACUCCUCUCAGUAAUUGGUGUCUAACAAUAAAUUGCAUUGAUUGCUAAGCCUAUUUCUUCUAGAAUUCAAUAUCCUGCUUUCCUGUAAUUCAAUUUAAUUAUUCCUUGUUCUGAACUCUGGAAUGAGAAACAAAAAAAAUUGAUCUGUUUUCUCUGUGAUAACUUCUAAAUGAUUUGAAGAAUGCUGUCAUAUGUCCCUAACCCCCAGUCUAUGGCAUACAUUAAAGUGUAGUGCACAAUACUUCAGAUGGAGUGUAUCCCAAGGAGGAUAAAGAGAUUUGGGGAAAAAUACUUCUGUUGAUGCAGCAUAAAAUUGCAUCUUCCUUUUGUUUUUUGCAAGGCCAUCACACUGCUGAUUUAUAUUCAGUUUGAUAUUGUUUGAAAACUCAGUUGGAGUGUCCAUCACUCAAGUGCUGAAAAGCACAUAUAAUUUCAUUUGUUAUGCUAUCCUCUUGUUCCUGAGGAGCUCAAGAGUUCUUCCCUUCCCUUUAUCUUUAUCUCUGUCCUAUGAGAUACUGAUAGUUGUCAUUGUGCUAAAGCAGUUUGUUUAAUUAUAGAUAAUCCAAUCAAACCACUUAUAAUUAGCCAAUGACUAGCUCAAGGUAAGGUUUAUAGAGCUAAAUAAUGAUUUGCAAUCAGAGCUUCAUACUCCGAACCAGUAUUGGUUCGUGUGAUUGGCUCAUGUCAGUAUGUGAUGACCAAUACAUAGGAAAUGUUCAACAACAAUAACAAAAAAACAAACCCAAAACCCACACCAUUUCACCUCAAGCCCUAUUUCCACACACUGCAUUGUAACUCCAAAAUUAUUUCACUGGGUAUUAUUGGAAUUACCAUCCAAAACAUAUAGAGAAUGCAAAGUUGAAUAAAUGCAUUUAUUUAAAUUUAAAGGGUCCUCAUUCAAAUGAAACUUAUGGCCCAGUACUAAAGAAGUGAAUUGGGAGGUGUAUAGACUAGAGGUCAAGGAAGCAAAGCACAUUCCCAUCAAGUAGAAAAUCACUGGCAUUUCCAGUUAAAUGAACUUUAUGUAAUUGAUAGGGGGGGGGGGAAAGAUUUUUGCCAGUUUUAUCCAAAGUUGCAGUCCGUCAAAAUAGGCAAUAUUGAAAGGAAUGACUGGCCUGCGCUAUAGCAGUUUCCUGUGUUGAGUGAGAAGUACCCUAUUUCCCCAAAUAUAAGACCUUCCCCAGAUAAUAAACCCAAUUGGGCUUUUGAGCACGAGCUAAAAUAAGCCCUGUCCUAAGAUAUUUAAACACAUGCAGCCAGUCCACAAUUCCCAAGGGGGAGGGGGGGAACAUGCCCCACAUGCGCCUGCCAUCCAUGUGGAACAGCUUCUUGGACACCGUUCCCACAAACUCUAGCUACCGCACCCCUUCUCUUAGUGGCCGCCACAAAAAGAGGAGCAGGCCCAGCAUGAGCGUGCCAGAAACAGACACAGAACGUCCGGCCCUCUCUGGACCAGCUGAGCCGCAGGCCAAGGUUAAGGGGCCUCCUGCACCUCAAAAAUAAGACCUCCCCAAAAUAAGACCCUGUCUUAUUUUCAGGAAAACACGGUACAUUCCACUGAACAUUGAAUUUAUUUAGAUGAGUUCUCAGGAAAGUAUGAUUAAAACAAUCCCUAUGUUCUCACUUAUCUCAAAGAAAGGAAGCAUAUGUGGGGUAGUCGCGUGGCCUUGGGUUGGAGAUAAUAGGAUGGCCUUUUUGACCCUAAGUACACAUCACAUUUCCUAGCAAACUGUGCAAAAGAGUGCCUUGCUAAUAAUUGUAUUUUCAGUUUCAACUUUGACUUCAGCAAAUAUAAAAACAACCUUCAUCAAGCUACAAGAAUAAUUUGCUAUGGAAAAUUAUGCACAACAGGGAGCUCACCAGAACAAAACUAAUUACAAAAAAAAAGGUCUAAAACACCUUGAAAAAGCACCUUUGGGGACUCCAUAGACGUCUACGCAACUUUCUUCUUUUUGGCCCCACUUACUGGCCUCUUUAAAUAUUUAAGCCACCAAUGAAGAGUCGUCCGUUUUAUCACUCACCCUUGGUUUUUUUUUGGGGGGGGGUUGAGGGGGGAAUCACAGCCCUGAAUAAUUUAUCGAAGACCUCGAUUAAACCCGACUUGUCGCGUCACGAAAAGGAACUCACCAAAGUAGGAAGGCAGAGGUGACCUUUAUAUUUCCUGGAGGGUUUUGCAAUUCGCCUCCCCGCGUAUGCCUUGGCACACGUCGAGGUCGCAUGGAAAGGGCAGGGUUGGAGAAAUAAGCAAACCCCAGGAGAGACUCAUCGUCCCCAAGGCACUUCGAAGGACGAUGAGACAUCCACGAACUCCCUCCCCCCGUCGGUGGGCGGGCUGAAAUCGAGCGCACAGCGUUUCUCCCCCCACUUCACAUCUCCCCAUUCCGACCACCCUGGGACUCCACAGCCCAGUCAAUUCAGCAUGUCCGCUUUCCAGACGGGCAGCCGCCUGGUUGCUCCGCGCAUGCUUAGUUCGCGCUCAGAAUCCUGCUCUUCCAAUUCCCAAGUCCUGCAAGGCUCCGUUCGCACGUACACCGAAUUAUUAUAAGUGUAUCCUAUUAAUAUAGCAUUGUUUAAAAGCGCGCAGCUCUCGGCCCAGCCAUCCUGGAGACUUCCUCCAGCCUCCUAACACCCGGAGUGUAUAUAUUAUACAUGUAUGCAUGCAUACAUACAAGCACUUCAGGGUGACCCCAGCCGGCUCUCCCCCUCCCUCCCCCUCCAGCCCUCUGGCACCAGCGCUCGCCCGUCCCCUUUCAGCGGCCACAGAGCCCGCGACGCGACGCCUUUCGUUCCUCCGCUUUCUUUUCGCCCUCCUCCUUCUCUUUUUGGGAAAAAAAAAAAAACACGAAGGGGGCGGAUCGACCGCGUUUCAGGGCUGGCGACGGCGGCGGUUGCUGCUGAUUUCUCCGCCCACGUCCUCCUACCCGUCCAGGGGAAGAAAAAAACAACAGGGAAGAAAACAAAAAAGGAAGUGCUUGAGGCCGGCUGACGAGCUGGGCUGGGAGUAUUUUGCAGUCCGUCAGAGAGGACGUCGGGCGGCUUGGUGGUUUUUGUUUUCCCUUCCCUCCGCCGGCUCUGCUCGGCGUUGCCACGGCCGCUUUCUCCUCCGCCGCUGGGCAUCGGAUAGACAGAGGGGGAGGCGGCGGCGGGCAAUCAGAAAUCCGGGAAGAUCCGCCCCUCUCUCACACGUACUCUCUGUCUCUCUCUUACACACACACACAUACACACACACCCUCCCAGGGGCAUCAGCUGGGCAUUCCUGGGCUCACCAUGGUCGCGCUCUAUCUGCUCUUCUUCGCCGGUCGCCUGGUAGCGCCGGGGGGCGCCUUCAACCUGGACGCGGAGAGCCCGACUGUAUACUCGGGCUCCGACGGCAGUUACUUCGGCUUCGCGGUGGAUUUCUUCGCCCCCGACCGUUCCUCGAUGUUUCUUCUUGUGGGUGCUCCAAAGGCCAACACCACUCAGCCUGGGAUUGUAGAAGGAGGCCAGGUGCUCAAGUGUAACUGGAAUAUCAAUCAAAACUGUCAGCCAAUCAUAUUUGAUGCUAGAGGCAACAGAGAAUUUGCUGUAGAUGAUCUUUUGGAAUUCAAAUCACAUCAAUGGUUUGGAGCAUCUGUGAGAUCUAAAGAAAAUAAAAUUUUGGCAUGUGCUCCUUUAUAUCACUGGAGAACUGAACAGAAAGCGCAGAGGGAACCUGUAGGAACUUGUUAUCUUUUCGAUGGGUCUAAAGCUGUUGAAUAUGCUCCUUGCAGGUCAACAAGUACUGACGCUGAAGGACAGGGCUUUUGUCAAGGUGGAUUCAGCAUUGAUUUUACUGAGAAAGACAGAGUUCUACUUGGAGGACCUGGAAGCUUUUAUUGGCAAGGCCAGCUAAUCUCUGAUCAAGUGGCUGAGAUUGUGUCAAAAUACAGCGCUAAAGUCUACACCACCAAAUAUGAUAACCAGUUAGCAACGCGGUCCGCUAGUGCUAGUUUCGAUGACAGUUAUUUGGGUUAUUCAGUUGCUGUAGGGGAUUUCAAUGGUGAUGGCAUAGAAGAUUUUGUAUCAGGUGUCCCAAGAGCAGCAAAAACUUUGGGCAUGGUAUCCAUUUACAAUGGGGAAACCAUGGCAUCCAUGUAUAACUUCACUGGAGAACAGAUAGCUGCUUAUUUUGGAUAUUCUGUAGCUGCCACGGAUAUCAAUGGAGAUCACUAUACAGAUUUGCUUGUAGGUGCCCCACUCUUUAUGGACCGUGGUUCAGAUGGCAAGCUUCUGGAAGUGGGCCAGGUGUCUCUUUACCUUCAACAAGCCUCCGGAGGGUUUCAAACUACAGCCAUGAAGUUAAAUGGCUUUGAAGUCUUUGCAAGAUUCAGCAGUUCAGUUGCCCCUCUGGGAGACCUUGAUCAGGAUGGCUUCAAUGACAUAGCAAUUGCAGCACCUUAUGGUGGAGAAAACAAGAAAGGACUGGUUUAUAUAUACAAUGGGAGAGCCACAGGAUUGAAUGGAAUGCCAUCGCAGGUCCUUGAAGGACAAUGGGCCUCUGAAGCAAUGCCACCAAGUUUUGGAUAUGCCCUGAAAGGAGCUAUUGAUGUGGACAAAAAUGGCUACCCAGACUUGAUUGUAGGAGCUUUUGGUGUUGACCGAGUUGCUUUAUACAGGGCCCGGCCGGUCAUUACUGUGAAUGCUGGAUUAGAAGUUACACCAACAAUUUUAAAUCCAGAGAACAAAAUCUGUGAAGACAAUGGUCAAAAGGUUUCUUGUUUUAGAGUAAAGUUCUGCUUAAAAGCUGAUGGCAAAGGGAAUCUCCCCCCGGAACUCACUUUCCACGUGGAGCUCCUGUUGGACAAACUUAAACAAAAAGGUGCCAUAAGGCGAGCUCUGUUUCUCCACAACAGACAAUCGGGCCACUCAAAGAACAUGACAGUCUCCAAAGGAGGUCGAAAGAGUUGUGAAGAACUUGAUGCUUUUUUAAGGGAUGAAACUGAAUUUCGAGAUAAGCUUACUCCAAUUACUAUCUUCAUGGAAUAUCAGCUGGAUUACAAAACUGCUUUGGAUUCUACUGGUUUACAGCCCAUCCUCAACCAGUUCACUCCUGCAAAUAUCAGCAGACAGGCUCAUAUUCUUUUGGAUUGUGGGGAAGAUAAUAUCUGCCGUCCAGAUUUAAAAGUAACUGUUGACAGUGACCAGAAACAAAUCUACAUUGGGGACGACAAUCCAUUAACCCUGAUUGUCAACACCCAGAACUUAGGUGAGGGAGCCUAUGAAGCUGAACUCUUUGUAACCAUCCCACCACAAGCAGACUUCAUUGGUAUAGUUCGCAACAAUGAGGCUUUCGCAAGACUUUCAUGCGCAUUUAAGACUGAGAAUCAAACUCGGUUGGUUGUCUGUGAUCUUGGAAAUCCUAUGAAAGCAGGAACAAAGCUCUCAGCUGGUCUUCAUUUUAGUGUUCAUCAACAAUCUGAGAUGGAUACUUCUGUCAAGUUUGAUCUACAGAUCCGUAGCUCCAAUUUGUUUAACAACCUAAGCCCAGUGAGCUCAUAUCAGGUGGACCUGGCCAUUUCAGCUGCUGUAGAAAUCAGAGGGGUCUCUUCUCCUGAUCAUAUUUUCCUCCCAAUUCCCAACUGGCAACCAAAAGAAAAUCCAGAAACAGAGGAUGACAUAGGGCCUUUAGUUCAACACAUCUAUGAGCUCAGAAACAAUGGUCCAAGUACCUUCAGCAAGCUGAUGCUCAAUCUUCAGUGGCCGUAUAAAUACAACAAUAAUACCCUUUUAUAUAUCAUCAAAUAUGAAAUUGAAGGACCCAUGAACUGUACAUCUGAUAUGGAGAUUAACCCACUAAAAAUUAAGGUAUCAACUUCUCAGCAAGAUGAAAGGAACGAAACGCUUAGUGGAGAAGAUACCCGCAAUCAUCAAAUCCACCGGAGAGAUCUAGGUGUUCCAGAGGAAGAUGUACAAACUUUGGGUUGUGGAAACGCAGAUUGUUUAAAAAUAUUUUGCCAAGUUGGUCGCCUAGAGAGGGGAAAAACUGCAAUUCUCUACUUGAAAUCUCGCCUUUGGGCUCAGACUUUCAUGACUAAAGAGAACCAAAACCACUCCUAUUCUCUCAAGUCAUCUGCGUCUUUCAAUGUCAUCGAGUUUCCAUACAAGAACCUUUCUUUUCCUGAAGAUGUCCAGAAUUCUACAAUAGUUACCACAAACAUCUUGUGGGGUAUUCAGCCAGCACCAAUGACAGUACAAGUAUGGGUAAUCAUACUGGCUGUCUUAGCAGGAUUAUUACUGUUGGCCCUUCUUGUUUUUAUAAUGCACAAGGUGGGUUUCUUCAAACGUGUACGGCCACCUCAGGAAGAACAAGAAAGAGAGCAACUGCAACCUCAUGAAAAUGGAGAAGGGACCACAGAAGCUUAAGCAGUAUUUUAACUGCGUCUUUUACCAAAAGAUUUAGAAUGAUUGACAACUUCCUUUAGAAAUAUGCAUUUUGAUCCUUGAAGACUGCAUAGCAAAUGCCUUUUUUUUGCUAUUGGCAAAAUUAACUGGGAACUGAAAGUGACACGUGUUUGUUUCCCUCAUAUUAAUCACGCCCACAUUUGUGACUAAUACAGGUGCACUGACUAAUGUAUUUUAGUGCCACAAUUUUGCUUACUAUGUUCAAAAGACAAAGUGAGGAGGGGGUGGGGGAGUGAUUUGUUUUUAUUUUAUUUUUUUAUUGGUACAACUUGAGCUCCUCCACUACUUGCAGACUUGUAACAACUCCAGAGAACAUGAACAUGAACUGAAGACUUGCUGUUGAACUUCUUAACUGGACUUUCCCAAGGUACUCGCCAGUUUCUGAAGAAUGUAUCAUCUUUUCUAAGUUGGAGAUAUGAACAGCAUUGAAGCAUUGAUUGAAAUACUGACAGAUCUACUUCAAUUGACUAUUUAGAGAUAACUCCUGUAUAGAAGAGGACCUCGCUGUCACCGUGAUGUGGUUCCCAUUUAAGGAAUUGCUCUCUGCUUUAUGGAAUCUUUCACCUCGAAAGAUGUACUUCGGUUGUACGGAAGAUCAUAGAUCCCAUUUACCAAUUCCCAUAUCCAGUUUUAUGUAGCACCAUGAAAUUGAUUGAUUCAUGCAAUCGUUUUCUGAUACCUGUUUUAAAUUUUCAGUGGUUUUUUUACAUUAAAAAAAAAAAUCAAAAUC